AUUAACGAAAGAAGAAUAACUAUAGAUUCGCACGGGGAUAAAGAAAAACAUGGCGACUUGCAGUAGAUCGCCCUUGCAGUUAUUUUUAUCAAGUCAGACACCGCGUCUGAUCUGCACCAGAAAUGUCCAAGCUAAAAGUGUAGAAUCGGGCCAGUUAUAUCCACAGAUUUUAUCGUCUCGGACAGCAAACAGUAAAUCAGCUAAAAAGCGAGUGUUGCUUGAGUUCUUUGAGCAGGUGCGAACAGCCGAGCCACAGGAAAAGAUCAGAGCUCUGACCCGCGUCCAGCGCAUGAAGUAUGUGGUUUAUCCUCAGACUCCGGCUAUAGGAGCGGAUAAAUGGUACCAGCAUUUCACCAAGACGUCGUAUCUCCAGGGUCUUCCAGAGAAUCUGAGCAGUGUUGAGAUAGAGGACGCUGCGGUUUCAGAGCUGAGCUCCUUAGUGUCUAAUGCGCUCCUACAGGAGCACUGGUACACCAAGAAGGGCAGGACAUUCAUUCAGAGAGAGCAGGAGAAGUUUGUUGCACCCUUUGUGACGAACGCAGUGUCUGGGCUUAUUUCCUCGUUGGCUGGAAGAAAUCCUGCUCUCCAACUGUCUAGUUUAGAUCUGUCUCCUCAUGUCAACUUUUACUGGUUGAAUGGAGAGAGGACUAUUCCAAGAGGACACCGGCGUGGUAGAGUCGAACCACAGAGGUUCCAGAUUGAUGACAGACCUCACAGUCAGAUACGCAUCAGACAGCAGCUACCUGAGUUUGUGCCACUCGAGGCAGAGGUAGCUGCUGAAGUGCCAGUAAUCCAGUAUGCUCCUGAUUGCCUUCCUUUGUUCCGAAGACAGUAUGACAAUAAUAUUUCUACUGGUGCUAAACUGCAAGACCCAUGCUGCUAUGGUCACACACAGUUCCACGUGGUCCCUGAUCGUUUCCGCAGAGACAAACUGAUUAAUAAAAACCUCACUGAACACAUUGAGGUGUUUUUGAGGGCCAACGCUAUUGCAAGCCUCUUUGCAUGGACGGGAGCGCAGGCCAUGUAUCAGGGAUUUUGGAGUGAACAGGACGUGAGCAGACCAUUUGUGUCUCAGGCUGUGAUCACAGAUGGCCAGUACUUUUCCUUCUUCUGCUAUCAGCUCAACACUCUGGCACUGAGUUCAUUCUCAGUUCCUAACAACCCACGUAAGAACCUGUGUUGGGGUACAGACAGUCUGCGCCUCUACGACAAAGUCACAGAUGGAGACGUAAUCGGUUGGGAUGAUGACGUGUUUAAGCUUCUUGUAAAGUUUCUACUAAACAAGCCAUAAAUUAAACCAAGAGUUUGGAACUUUGGUGGAAUUUUCCUAAUAAAAAAUAAAUAUAAUAUGCCACUAUGUGUUGCAGUUGUUUGAAAUUGAGCACAUGUGCAAUUUAAAUGUUCACAAUAAAUAAAUGUGUAAUCUAA